UUCGUUACCUUCGACAUGACACUCGUAUUCGAAUGCGGCUCACUGCGCCGCGACUACCGGUCACCAAUGGCUUCUCUGAUUCGCGGGAUGAGACGAUCAACAUCAGUGCGUCCGUCUGCAGCGGCUAGUAGGACUGGGGGGACGAGGCUGUCCCCCCCCUCCGAACUCCCCUGUUCCCCCAGUCUAGAUAAGGCUGACCAUGGCCAACGUCUUCUGCAGGAAAGAGAGCCAUUGAGAGUUGGUAUCUUGACCAUCGCCAUUGACGAUUCUUGACCAUGGAGAGGAUUCACAACCCGUUCCCCGCGUCUUUGCGCUGCGAGAGCAAGAAAUCCAUGCGAAUCCUCGAAUCCUUUAUUCGACCAUCGUCUAUUGGUAGUCCGGGGUUAUCGCUUCCUGCUCAUGUCCUGGAGAAGGCAAAGGGUUUAGUUAUCUUCACCGUGUUUCGCAUCGGCUUUCUGGGCUCAGCUCGAUUCGGAUCGGGGAUUAUGGUCGCGCGUCUCGACGAUGGCAGCUGGUCGCCUCCAUCCGCCAUUACAAUUUUUGGGGCUGGAUUCGGGGGCCUGAUUGGCGUCGAGAUGACCGAUUUCGUUUUCGUCCUCAACGAUCCCCACGCCGUCCGGACGUUCUCGCAGUGUGGAAGUGCGUUACUGAGUGCCAACCUCUCAACGGCACUCGGGCCAGUUGGGAGAAGUGUUGAGAUGGGCGGAGGAGCAAGUGCGAAGGGUGUUGCAGCGACGUUCGCAUACUCGAAAUCCAAGGGGGCAUAUGGAGGGAUAUCUCUUGAGGGGGCGAUCCUGAUCGAACGAAGAUACGCCAACCGGAAACUCUACAAGCAAAAGGUCAAAGCGUCGCAAGUGCUGACGGGUGCUGUCGCGCCGCCGCCGGAAGUGAAGCCGUUGAUGGACAUACUGGCGCUGGACAUCUUUCAUCCGAAGCUCAAUGCCGCGACGCUGUCUCGUGAGAUGCCACCCGAUGAUACAGUCGAACUACCAGCUCAAGGAGAGCACCAAGUGUCAGAGCUGCACACGGAACCAUCUCAACCGGUAUAUGAGCUGGAUGCUGGGCCAGCUCCUACGGCUUCCACGGCUCCCACGGCUCCCACGGCUCCUACGCCUCCUACGCCUCGCGUUAUUCAGUCGGAACAAUGACAUGCGCAACGUUGGGGUUUCACUUUCCGUAUUACACCCUGUCCCGUGCCUUGUUUGGACUUCUGACCGAAGAAACUUUCUGUACAUUAUACCG